AUGCAGACACACAAUGCCUCGACUGCAAACCUUAUAAUGGGUUUGAUUGGUGUUUCGGGACCCGCAAUAUUUGCUAGCCCAUCUGACGUCAGCGAGCCUUCCCAGGACCCGAGCUCACCCAUUGAACCACAAGCUCCUCAAAACUCAUGUUCGAGGCUCGAAAAUUCUUGCAAUCCAAGAAAGCGUCGCUCGGAAUUUGAUGGUACCGUUGAGAACCCCUCUCAAAAACGACUUCGGGCCAGCAGCCAGCCCCCGAGAAUUAGCUACUCAAACUCUAGUCGCUCUUUCCUUGACAUUUGCGAUGACGAAGAUAACACGACCAAUGAGGGUCAAGGACCACCCUUCUAUUCCCACAACGAAUUCAAGUCAGCGAUUGGACAUCGCAUGGAGCUUGUGUAUGCAGCUGACGAAGAAGACCUUCUUGAUCGAGGUCUCAGUUCGACAAUUUCAGAAAGCCCCUCCUCUGAGAACCUCCCUGAUGAUGCAAUAUUCCAUGACAUGUCCAGCGCUCUCUAUGACACCCUCGAGCUUAUGAUAAGAAAUGCAGACAUCUUACGACAGGGUGGAGAGAGUAUCAUCAAAAACGCCAACACAAUGAAGGCCCAUGCCGUGAAUAUAAGAGCUCAGUUAGAGAUAGAACUACGCUGCGAGAUGAAGUCCGAGCAUCAAAAUCAGACCGCAUGCUCAUGUGGUGCAAAUACCCCAGGCUCUGUUUUGAACGUUUGGAAAAGCCAAUUCCGAGGCGGCUUCAUACCAAAUGGGAUGGAUUUUUCCGGCCUCUCACAGACGCUCGGGGCAGUAGGGGGGAGCUCUGGCCUUUCGAAGAGCGAAAAUGACAGAUUUAUAACUCACGGCGAUCACCUAUAG